CUAAAUUCAUAUCGAACCCACACGUUUCCUUUUGAUGUGCUUUUGACAUUAAUUUUGACAUCGAUUCUCUAGAAUAUUCCGAAUCUCUUUGAAUUAAUUUAAAAGAAAUUGAGAAUAUCGUCUCAAAAUGAUGCAACCGCAAAUUCUUCUAUUAAAAGAAGGUACUGAUACCUCACAAGGUAAACCACAAUUAGUUUCCAACAUAAAUGCCUGUCAAAAUGUGGUGGAUGCUGUAAGAACAACUUUGGGGCCCCGUGGAAUGGAUAAAUUGAUUGUAGAUCGAAAUGGAAGGGCUACAAUCUCAAAUGAUGGUGCAACUAUAAUGAAAUUACUUGAUAUUGUCCACCCUGCCGGUAAAACUUUGGUUGAUAUAGCAAAAUCUCAAGAUUCUGAGGUUGGAGAUGGGACAACAAGCGUUGUUUUAUUAGCUGGGGAAUUUCUAAAGCAAAUCAAACCUUUUGUUGAAGAAGGAGUCCACCCACGAAUCAUCAUCAAAGCGGUUCGUCGAUCCUUAACGUUAUGUUUAGAAAAAAUCAAUGAACUUGCCAUCAAAAUCAGUAAAGACAACACAAAGGAGUUUCGUAGCUUAUUAGAAAAAUGUGCUGCAACAGCAAUGAGUUCUAAAUUAAUCCACCAACAAAGAGAUUUCUUUUCAAAAAUGGUUGUAGACGCCGUUUUAUUACUGGAUGAUUUAUUACCUUUAAACAUGAUAGGUAUCAAAAAAGUACAAGGUGGGGCUCUUGAAGAAUCAAUGCUUGUUGAAGGUGUUGCAUUUAAAAAAACAUUUUCUUACGCCGGUUUUGAAAUGCAACCGAAAACUUACACAAAUUGCAAAAUCGCAAUGUUAAACAUUGAGUUGGAAUUAAAAGCUGAAAGAGAUAACGCCGAGGUGCGCGUAGACUCAGUUAAAGAGUACCAAAAAAUCGUCGACGCCGAAUGGAACAUUUUAUACGGAAAAUUACAAAAAAUACACGAAAGUGGGGCCCAAGUUGUUCUAUCAAAACUCCCCAUUGGAGACGUCGCCACUCAAUUCUUCGCCGAUCGCGACAUGUUUUGUGCUGGAAGGGUACCCGAAGAAGAUUUAAAACGUACAAUGAAAGCUUGUGGUGGGGCUAUAAUGACGACAGUUCAUGAUCUUCAAGAUUCAGUUUUGGGAACAUGCGCUCAAUUUGAAGAGAAACAAAUUGGGGGUGAUCGUUAUAAUAUUUUCAAAGGAUGUCCUCAUGCAAAAACUUGCACCUUGAUUCUCAGAGGGGGUGCAGAACAAUUUUUAGAAGAAACCGAAAGAUCUUUACAUGAUGCUAUAAUGAUUGUUCGUCGUAUGAUUAAAAACGACGCAAUCGUUGCCGGGGGUGGAGCUAUCGAAAUGGAACUCUCUAAAAUGUUGCGCGAUCAUUCAAGAAGCAUCGCUGGAAAGGAACAAUUAUUAAUUGGAGCGAUUGCUAAAGCCCUUGAAAUAAUUCCAAGACAACUUUGUGAUAACGCCGGGUUUGAUGCGACAAAUAUCUUGAAUAAAUUACGUCAAAAACACGCCCAAGGUAAUUGUUGGUAUGGAGUUGAUGUUAGUAAAGAGGAUAUCAGCGAUAAUUACGAAGCUUGCGUUUGGGAACCUUCAGUUAUUAAGAUAAACGCGUUAACAGCCGCUUGUGAAGCGACUUGUUUGAUUUUAUCUGUUGAUGAAACUAUUAAAAAUAAAUCGUCGGGUGCUGGAGAUAUGCAAGCUCCAAUGGGUCGAGGAAUGGGGAGACCAAUGAUGUGAAUUUAACAAAAUUGCUUUAAUUAAAAAAAAAAUAGGUUAGAUUUGAUUUAAAAAUGUGAUCACGACCGUUUUUUACUUAACAGAUCGUGAAUAUUAAUUAUUAUUACCAUUUAUGCACGCAUCAAAUUCAAUUUUGAUUUUAACAUUCUAUUUUUCAUUUCAUUUCGGAUUAUUAAUCACUUAAUAAAAGCUAUUUAAUACAAAAA